AGCAAUGAGUAAAGGACGCGAUUUAUUUGCUUGUGUGACGUGUAACGGGAAGGGCUGUUUCCUAGUUCCUACCUGGGACCGAAAGGAAAAGAAAGAAAAACAGAUUGGAAGAAAGAUAGAGGGAGCUUGGGAGAAAAUAGUUGUGGGCAAGGCUACGACAAUAUGAAGUUGUACAGUCUGAGUAUUUUGUAUAAAGGAGAUUACAAGGUCCAUCUCUUAAAAUCUGCCUAUGAUGUAUCUUCUUUCAGUUUUUUCCAGAGAUCCAGUAUUCAGGAAUUCAUGACUUUCACCAGUCAGCUGAUAGUCGAACGGUCUGAUAAAGGAAGCCGGUCUUCUGUGAAAGAGCAAGAAUAUCUGUGCCAUGUGUAUGUGCGGAAUGACUGCCUAGCAGGUGUGCUUAUAGCCGAUCAAGAGUAUCCUCCUCGUGUUUGCUUCACCCUUCUGGAUAAGGUCCUUGAAGAGUUCUCCACCCAAGUGGACAGAAUAGACUGGCCUUCAGGCACCCCAGACACCAUCCAGUAUAACGCACUGGACUCUUAUCUAAGCAAAUACCAGAAUCCCCGAGAUGCUGAUCCUAUGAGUAAAGUACAGGCUGAACUUGAUGAAACCAAAAUCAUCUUGCACAACACCAUGGAGUCCUUAUUACAGCGAGGGGAGAAACUGGAUGAUUUAGUUAGUAAAUCUGAGGUGCUGGGAACUCAGUCCAAGGCCUUCUACAAAACCGCUAGAAAGCAGAACUCGUGCUGUUCUGUCAUGUGAUCAGACAUCGUCAGAGGAACAAUGUUAUAGGAUGCAGGACAAUGAACAAACUAUCUCUGGGGGCUGAGGCACCAAUCCAGCCAUGUCCUACCCGUCUUUAGACCACUCCCACCAGAGGACGUUUUAUGUCCUCCUUUGUUGUGGCAGCUUACACUCCCGAAGGGGUGUUUUUAACAUUGUAUGUUAAUGUGUGGUAUACAUUUUUUGCAGGAUACCCCCACUCCUCAAUCCUUCCCAGAAUAUUCCCAGUUAUAAGUCACUUUCCUUGGGAUACAAAGGAAUAAUUUGAAUUAUUUUUUUUAUCAUUCCUUUCUUUGAUGAUAAAACAUCGUACUUGUAUUCUAAUGAUGUACAUUAAGUCUGAUUAUAGACACGCUCAUUUUAUACUGUUGCUUUGUAUAAGUGUAUUACUCUGUAUAAGUGUAUUGUUAUAGAAUGAGCACAGCGCAUUCUAAUGGAGGAUAUUUCCUUACGAUGAUAAACAAAUUGGUAUACUGAUGUUGAGUAUCUAUACUCUUAUAUGGAACGUCUUAAAAACACUGCACAUGCUUCUGAUUACAAAGGGUUACUGGCCAUUUCUGCCAGGUACUAUAACUCUUCAACUAUCGUUACUGAUGUCCGGUAAUCGAGGUGCCAGGUCUCCCUGUGGGCUUAAAACAUCUCAUUUUGUGUUUUCGAAUUUGGUCUUUUAUGUUUUGGUGUCUUAAAGUGAUGGUAAACUCUCCCCUUUAUAAAAUCAGAUCUGGAAUGUAAGCGCUAUUUUAGAUGAAGUUUAAUUCAUUAGCUGUAAUGAAGAUGCAGUAUAACUUAGUUAUUAAUAUAGAUAUGAAAUUCAAAUACUCCUCCGCCCACUUCAAAAGUAAACUUUUCUGUGAGCUAACAGAUUGAAUUGUUGUCCAAUCAGCGCUCUCCCCAUAUGGCACUUUUGUUGUAGCUAGAGCAUUGAUUGGAAAGUAAUUCAAUCAUUUAGCUGACAGGAAAAUUGACUUUUGAAGUGGGUGGUGUAACGUGGGGUAUUUAAAUUUCAUAUCUAUAUUAAUAACUAAGUUAUAGCGCAUCUUCAUUGCACAUGAUGAAUAAAACCCCAUCUAAAAUAGCGCUUACAUUCCAGAUCUGAUUUUAAAAAGGGGAGAGUUUACCAUUACUUUAAGAAUCUAUGGGUUGUUGCAUUAUGUCAGUAUCCCUUUAAAAGUCCCUAUACGGCCUUUAAUCAUGAGAGAAUAGAGCAAAUCUAAAUUUUCAUGACAAACAUCCGGUUUCCAACCAAAAAUGUAAUUUGAACCCCAAAAUGAUCUCCCUGGGAGGGAUGGGGUUAAUCGUCUACCCUUCUCUUGUUCCACUGCGUGCUAUUAACCCUUAUUCCACCAUUUUCUCAUGUAAUCAUUUCUAUUUUAAACCCUUAGUAUUAUGGGAAGGUGCUGGUCUGCUGGAGGAUCCUGGGUAAGGCUGCCCAUUUUGCAAUACAAGAAUCUGUACAUCUGUCAGCAACCAGUUUCCCUGAGCUCUCCAGAUUGCCUUUCCCUUCUCUGUUGAAUAGUUAACCUAUUAACAACCUUGUCUCAGCAUCCUGCAAGCUCAUCAGCGAGUUCAAAUGGUUACCAAGCAUUGGUGAGCAUUGGGCCUAAUGACAUUGAAAAGGUUAAUUCUGCAUCCAGCAUCUGUAUAGAUAAAUUAUUAUUGUAUUUCAGUGUUUUUUUUUUUUUGUUUGUUUGUUUUUUGCAAAUCUUUCCAACAAAACUGUAUUUUAAUAAAGACUGACAUUUAUGUACCAAAA